UAAAUAGCCGGUGUGGAAAUAUGGCCGGAUCCACCGCCAUUUCCAUCUAUUUCCUCCCAAAAACAAAUACAUUUUCCCCAAUCCUUCAGAACACGGAGACCCAUAUAAACAGCGUAUACCUACAGAUUCUUCUAUAUACUCUCUGUGCGCUUGGGCCGCAAUUAUGGAGAACCACGAUAAAAAAGAUUAUGGUGACAUUGGAAGCGAGGAUUUUCCUGAUGAGUUUCAGUGUUGUGUAUGCCUGGACAUUAUGUACAAACCAGUUGUAUUAGCUUGUGGUCACAUAUCGUGCUUCUGGUGUGUUUUCAAAGCUAUGGACUUUUAUCAGGAGUCACGCUGUCCAAUUUGUAGCAACCCAUUUAAUCAUUUUCCCAGUAUCUGUAGAUUGCUGCACUUCUUACUUUUGAAAUUAUAUCCUUUAGCAUACAAAAGAAAGGAAAGACAAGUUGCAGAAGAAGAAAAGACAUAUGGAUACGAGUCUCCGCAGUUUGAUGUCUUCUCUGAUUCUCGUUCCAAUGAAGAGCUUGAUGUUCAAGACACCUCUCCACAUUCUGCACCUGCCAUAGUCUCUAAUAUGACACAGAAAGGGGACUCUUCCCUGAUUCAAGAUUCUUCUGAAAAUGAAAAUAAUAUGACCAUGAUUCCUACAACCUCAAGUCUGGAAAGCACUACCGACAUGACAAAGCGAGGUGAUAGUAUGGUCAAAUCUGAAGUUUCUAAUGAAACAUUCAAGCAGGUCCUUAUGAUCGACUUACAGUGUACUCUGUGCAAGCAGCUAUUGUGUCGACCUUUAGUUCUUAAUUGUGGCCAUGUUUAUUGUGAAGCUUGUAUAAAUAACCAAGACAACAAGGUCUGCAGAUGUCCAGUGUGUCAAAGUGUGCAUCCAAAUGGCUUCUCAAAUGUUUGUUUGGUUUUAGAGCACUUCCUGGAGAAGCAUUUCCCCGAGGAAUAUUCAGCAAGAAAAGUAUCUUUACCUGACCAACAACAUGCUAAUCCAUCUGGAAGUACGACUGGAAAGCUGGAGCAAGCCACCAAGUGUCCGUCAUUGCCUGGAAAUGCUUACUCAUCACGGCUGUCUGGCCAUAAGCCAAAGGUUCACCCUGCAGUUGGUUGUGAUUGGUGUGGGAUGUAUCCUAUAAUUGGGGAGCGAUACAAAUGCAAAGAUUGUGUUGAGAAAAUAGGCUUUGACCUCUGCGAAGGAUGCUACAAGAGUCCCUUCAAGCUUCCAGGCCGAUUCAACCAGCAGCAUACUCCAGAACACCAGUUCGUGAUCAUGGAACCUGGUGAGUAUGAUAUUGGUAGCCCAGACGAUGCUGAAGAAGUUGUUACAGUCACCAACUUAUCAAAUGAUGCUUCACAGGAUGAAGUAGAUAGUGUAGCACCUCUGAAUUUGUCACCUGAUGCUCUGCAGGAUCUGGGAAAUACUAUAGCGUCUCUCGCUUUCUUCAACGACCCUUCAGAAGAUCAAGAUGGUAACAACUCUGGAACUUGAGAUCGCGUUGCUAAUGUGCUACACUUGAUUGCUCGUCUGUGAAGGUAUACGGAGAGUAUUGAAUAGUAUUGAGGGAAAAGAAAUAAAAAAUAAACAAAUAUUUUGUCAACAGUACUAUUUAGGAGCCUUACCAAGUACUACAUACCAAUCAUACAUAGAAUGUACUUAUGACGAGUUUCUCGAGUAUUGCAUCUGUUUAGUGACCAUGUUGUCUUAAGAUUAACAUGUUUCCAACUUUUGGCAUCGUUCGAUGGUGUACUUUCCUGCUGCAUCCGGUAUUUGUUAGCAUAUAUGCAUUGAUUAGCUU